CAACAAAUGGUAAUGGUGAUAAUCUCUACUAAUGAUACCUUCUUCAUAUAGAAAGUCAAGAUAUUAUAAAAAUAAAAUAUAUCUUACCUGUAUUUCACCAACCUGCCCUGGGAAAGGUUAUACAGUAAAUAACCUAUUUACUGAAACAGCAGCAUGCAAUGAUAUUUGCAAAUAUUUAAGUGGUGAUUCUCAAAGUCUAGCUGUAUAUUCUCAAGGUCAAACUGUGAACCUCCCUGUUCAAGAUUAUUCACAAAGUCUAGCUGGUUAUUCUCAAGGUCAAUUUGUGAACCUACCUGUUCAAGAUGAUUCUCAAAUUCUAGCUGGUUAUUCACAACGUCAAUCUAUGAACCUCCCUGUUCAUGCCGAUAAUGCUCAAUUAAUGGAUUCCUCUACACAGACAAAUAUCUCAAAAUUAGGCAAUGAAACUGUUCAUACUAUUAUAUUUAAUAUAUCCUAUAAGUUUUUUUAA